UUCCAAGCAGCCUCCCCAUUAACUUUGCCUGUUGACCCCUAGGUUACCAACAUCCCUGAUGGAGGGCAGCAUGUGGGCAGCUCUGGAGCUUGCCCUUACCUGCAUCUCGGCCCUCAGCCUCAUCUCCCCUGUCUGGUUCCAGACCCCCACCUUCUCCUUUGGAGUCCUCACCUACUGCUCCUGGCCUCAAGGUAACAGCUGGAACCAGAGUUGUGGGACCUUCAGGUCCCUGGGUGAUAUUCCUGACUUUGCCUGGAAGGUCUCAGCUGCAAUUCUCCUUGGAGGAUGGCUCCUGUUGGCCUUCAAUGCAAUCUUCCUCCUAUCCUGGGCUUUGGCCCCCAAAGGGCUUUGCCCUAGGAGGAACAGAGGCCCCAUGCCAGGGGUGCAGGUGGUAGCAGCCAUGGCCACCGUGGUGGGCCUGAUGGUUUUCCCAAUAAGCCUGGCCUCCCCAUUCGCCAAGGAAGCCUGCGGAGCCUCCUCCAUGUACCACAGUGGGCAGUGCCAGCUGGGCUGGGGCUAUGGGACUGCCAUCCUCAGUGCAGUCUUAGCCAGUCUCCUGCCCAUGACUCAGUUGCCCAGCAAGACCAAGGCCGAGGGGAGGACCAUCCUCUUCUCCAGCAACACUGAGAAAACCAUUGUCAUCCCGGAAAUGGGCAAAUAAACAUGGGGAGGAAAAAGAGCUGAUGCUAGAGUUGCAGGCAAUCACCAUGUGCCCAGCUUAAAAUCCCACCUCUUCUGUCUCCUUGCUGUAUGACCUCAGGCAAGCCACUUCACCUCUCUGGACCUCAGUGGAUUCUUCUGUAAAAUGCAUGGUGAAACAAUGUCUGCCUCAGAGUUGCUAUGAGAACUUGAGAUGCUCUGUGUAAAUGAAACACUUAGCACAAUGUUGAUUAAUUGUACUCAGUAAAUUUGAGGUACCAUUAUUAUAAUGACUGCCUCACAGUGGUGGGAAUUGAACCUGCUCCUGAAAAGUGCCC